AUUGUGAGUAGUAUAAUUUUAUUAUUUUAAUUCCAAUUUCAAAAUGGCUCGAUUAGCACUAAAUUCGAUGAUUGUACCAGCUAGUCAGCAUACCCUCUUUAUGAGAGGGUUUUAUGGCAAUAUGAAUAAAGAGGAUGUGAGGGAGUUCUUUACAAAAGAAGGCGGGAAAUGUUCUUUUGAUUUUGUUAAACUCUCCGAAGAUAGGCGGUUAUUAUUCGUUGCCUUGAGAUUUGAGAGCAAGGAUGUUGCCAAAGACAUAAUGGCUAGAUAUCAUGAUACUGAUGUGUUAGGUUCAAGAAUUUCAAUAUCUUGGUAUAAAGAUUUAAGAAAAGCAAGGCAAAAAGCUUUUGAUGCAAUGAGAGAUAGAAGAUUAAAUGAUGGGCGACAUUAUAAUAAUAGAAGAAGUGAUAACUUUUUCCCAGAUAAAAGAGCUCACAAUAGAAGAUCAUUUUCAUCAAAUAGAGUGAAAAGAAGUUUUUCCUAUGAUGAAGGUAGUGAGGAAGGUGAAAUUCGCAAUAAAGAUUCAGUGAGCAGAUCUAGAUCUCCACAUGAUGCAAGUUCAAUAUCAAGAUCCACAUCUUCUGCUAGAGCAAAAUCUUCUGAUAGAGAAGGGUCAAUUUUGAAUAAUGGUGAAGAUGCCAAUAGAAAUAGGGGUAAUAGUUUAUCUUCUCGGAGUUUAUCUUCAGCUAGACAUUCCUUAGCAUCUCAUCCAGCAAAUUCUCCUGGUAAAGAAAAAUCUUUAUCUCCACCGGAAGAUGGAGAAAGGAGAAGAAAAUCUGGGAAAAGAAAAAAGAGAAUGCCCAGAGGUUACCUAGACAAUCCCCUCGUAAAUGAGGAUGAAUCCAAAAUUGAUGCAUCAGCUAAUCAUAAUGACCAACCAAAAGUAGUUGAAAUAGAUAACACUCCUAUUUUUAAUGAAAAAUCUCCUGCCCUUGCUGCUUAUGAAGAAGAGGAGGAAGAUAUCAUAAAUUCCAAUAGUAAUUUGAAUAUGAAUCUUAAUACUGGGAGUAGGAUUGAAGAAAAUACAGAGGAAAAAGAAGAAGGAGCUCUUACAAAUGAUAACAUUGUUACAAAUGAAAAGGAUUCUAGUGGCCAGGAUAAUAUUGAAGCCACUGAGAAGUAUAAAGAGAUAAUUGAGAAGGAAAAAGAAUACCGUGAACGUAAAGAACGCAGGGAACGCAAACCCUUUAAGGGUAUAGGAAGGAAUUAUUUUAAAUCCUCUCCUCCACAUGGCUCUAGGCGUAGAAGAGAAUCUCCUUCCAGGAAUAGCAAUGAUUACAAGUUUUCAAAGUAUGAGGAUGAGGAACAAAUGUCAUAUCGUGGGGGUGGUGGAGGCAAGUUUUAUUCCAAUCAUCAUCCCAGGUCGCGAUACAGAGGGGGAGGUGAUGGGUAUCGUGGGCAGAUAGAUCAUAGAAGGAAUGUGAACUACCGAGGCCAAAGGGAUUACCAUGGACAGCACUAUAACAACAAUGGCUCCUCGUGGUAUCAAGGCAGGGGAAAUAGGGGUGGAAGAGACACAAGGCGCCAUAGAGGUGGGGAUGAUAGCAGGAGUUCUGCGGAGAGAGAAAACGAGAUAAAUGAAGAAAGGGAACAAGGUGAUCAUGAUGAGACCACUGUGGAUCUAGAAUCCACCAAGCUGGGUUCAUUAGUGCGCAAGCGCAAGACUAUCCGGGAACUCAGUAAAAACACUCAACCUUCAACUCCUGAUCCUGCUACACUGUUUAAAAACACCAUGAUUGAAACUAACACUUCUACAACAUCAUUGACUUCAUUUGAUAACCGGGCUAGUACUACAGAUUUGCGUGAAACCCCAAAUUCCUUAAACUCUAUGGAUAUCAAUGAAAUAAAAUCAGCAGGAGUGAAUAUAGCAGGAAAUAUUCCUGCAUCAGAGGCUGACAAAUUUCUUGCUUCUGUUCUCAAUAACCCAAGCGGAAACCAAAGUGGAACUGUGGCAGCUGCUUUCCAGCAUCAUUUGCAAAUGAUAGGUGGGUAUCCAGGCUCUAAUCUAUAUACAAUAAAUAAUACUAAUACAAAUGCUACAGCAACUACUACUAAAAUUGCAAUAAAUUUAAAGAUGUUUGCAUCCAAUUCUAAUGCAAUGAAUACUAUAAAUACACAAACCGUCGAUUCUAGUCGGAGUUCACUAUGGAAUCAAGAUAUUGGGACAAAUAAUGUGCCUGGAGGGGGAGGAGUUACUUACCCCUUUCCAGGAGUGGAGAGAAAUGAAGCGCUUGCUGGUGGAAUUAAUGGUCUGGAUAAAAACACUGCCAUCCUCAGAGAUGCCUACGCCAAAUUCAUGGAUGAUGUAAUCAAUAACCAAUCCCAAAACCCCUAUAAUUUCAAUCAGCAAAAUAGAAACGCUAAUACAGAUAACCAAUCGACUCAAAAUAACACUAAUAAUAUUGGCAGCUUAAAACAGUCUGAGGAGAAUGACGAAUUAAGAACUUUGCAAGAAAAACGACAAAAACGGAAGAACAAGAAGCUUGGGGAGGUAGAAAAUACUGAGGUUAAUGGCAUAAGCGAUGAUAACUUUGAAGAAGAUGAUGAUUGGAGGAACAUGGCGGGAACUGAAACGGCCCUCCACAAAUCUAAAAAAGGGGGGAGCAAGAAAAAGUCAUAUAUUGACACUCAACGCACAACUGCUGACACUCAACACAAAAGUGCUGACAAGCUCAACGAAGAACUACGAGCUAGACUCCAGGAAGUUUAUCAUCACGAGAAAGAAACAUCCACCAAUAAGAGAAAACAAAGGAUUUCUUAUGAUAAAGAAGGUGCCACUAACAAUUACAUAUCUGAUGGAGAGGAUCUAACAAGCGAGGAAUCAAUUCCAGAAUACAAAAAAUCAAAAAGACGACAUAUCAAUCCUGAGGAGAAGGAAGAGAAGAGUAAAGCAUCAAGUGGCUUUAAAUUUAAAACUUUGGACAUUUUGGAAUCAUUUAAAAACAAAAUAGAAAUCGCAUACAAGGAGGAUUGUUCUGUUUUAUAUGGUGUGUCGAAACUGCUUGCUAAUUCUCCUGAUGAUGCUUUAAGAGUGUCAAUUCGUAAAAGCGCUGAUGAAAAUGUUAAAAAUUUGGCCAACUCUUGUCUCUCUCAAAUGAAAGAAAUUUUUCAACGUAUUAAAUCUUCCGCUUUAGAUGCUUAAAAAUUGCUUUAAGUUAAAAUAAUACGUUUUUUCAUACUCCUUUUUCUAAUAUGAUUUGAUUAAAAAAUGUACAU